AUGGUUCAACAAAGUACUUCAGACGAUACGGCUGAAAAUGGGGAUUUGAUUCAGCAGCCAACUCAAGAUGUGGAGCGUGCAAUCACAAAUGAGAAAGCAGGGCAAGUACCACUAUCAGCAGCAGCAGAAGAUGACGAAGGAAAACUCUAUCCUCCAGCACGAAAGGUUAUUGUAGUUAUGGUUGCUUUGUACCUCUCCUUAUUCCUUGUAUCUUUAGACCGCACAAUCAUUGCCACAGCCGUUCCUCAAAUAACUAACGUCUUCCACUCGAUCGACGACAUCGGCUGGUAUGCAAGUGCCUACAUGAUCACAGGAUGCGCUUUCCAGCUCCUCUACGGCCGAAUUUACACCUUCUACUCCCCGAAAUGGGUAUUCCUCACUAGCGUCUCGAUCUUCGAACUCGGGUCUCUCAUCUGCGGCAUCUCGAAGAACUCCCUCACAUUCAUCGUCGGUCGUGCCAUCGCUGGCCUCAGUUCGGCAGGGAUUUUCUCGGGCAGUAUUGUUUUGACUGUGCAUAUCAUACCUUUGCGCAAGAGGCCCGUAUAUCAGAGUCUCAUGGGCGUUGUGUUCUUGGCUUCGAGUAUCGUGGGACCGGUUAUUGGGGGUGCUUUUACCACUCAUUUGUCUUGGAGAUGGUGCUUCUACAUCAACUUGCCAAUUGGAGGCGUGAUUUUGCUUCUGUCGUUUUGGCUUCUGCCUUCGGAUAACAAUAGGACUAAGGAGGAGAUCGAAGCAGCGAAGUUAUCGAUGAGAAAAAAACUUGAGCGACUUGAUCCGAUUGGAACGUUAUUUUUUCUGCCGGGAAUCGUGUGUCUCUUGCUUGCACUUCAACUGGGCGGUUCGACGUAUGCUUGGAAUGACGUUCCCAUCAUCGUGCUUUGGGUCGUCUUUGGGUUGCUAAUGAUCGCUUUUGCGGGGGUGCAGGCUAGGGGGGGUCCUUUUUAUAAUUUGCCCCUGCCUCCUCGAAUCCUGCGAUACCGAAGCGUGACCGCCAGCACAUGGUUUGCAUUCUGCAUCAGUGGGUCAAUGACGGUCAUAAUAUACUUCUUACCUGUUUGGUUCCAGGCCAUCGAAAGAGUCAGUGCCAUUGAAUCAGGCAUCAGAAUCCUCCCCCUGAUCAUUGCUCUCCUGGUUGCAAGCAUCAUUGCUGGGGGGACCGUCAGUGCCUUGGGUUACUAUACACCCAUGUUGAUAGGUUGCUCCAUCAUCAUAUCUGCAGGAGCGGGGAUGAUGACAACGUUCAAAGUCGACACUGGCAAAGCGAUAUGGAUCGGGUACCAAGUCAUUUUCGGCUUCGGCAUUGGACUCGGUCAGCAACAAGCGGGGUUGGCUGCUCAGACAGUGCUCCCCACCGUUGAUGUUCCCGUUGGUGUGUCGCUCAAGUUCUUUGGUCAGUCGCUGGGAGGUGGAAUCUCUGUGUCUGUUGCACAGAAUGUUCUCAGCACGAAACUCGUAUCUGGCCUGGCUGGUCUUCCGAACCUGGACCCGCGGGUCAUUGUCAAUUUGGGCGCAACCGAGCUGAGAGAUUAUGUCGGACUUGAACACCUCGGAGAGGUUUUGCGAGUCUACAAUCAUGCACUUGAUGAGGUGUUUAUGGUUGCUGCCAUUGUCGCAGCUAUGUCGAUUCUUGGGGCAGUACUGACGGAAUGGAAGAGUGUCAAAGGGAAGAAUCUCAAGGGGGUCCUGUAG